UAUGGGAACACUAUUGAGAGUUCUGAGAAACGUUCGUUGGUUAAGGUGGCAUAAAAACGUCCCAAACCAUUAAGAAAUAGUCUAACUCUUCACCCAGUCCUCUCACUUUGUGCAGAUGCCAACAUAAAAUGCUUAUUUUAACCAUCUGGAUGUCUAAUUUUACUCAAAUAGGGCAUCUUUAAAUGGCACGCAGUGUAUCACGACUUUGGUGGAGACGCGCUGUUACGCAAACCCCCCAGAAAACUAUGCCUCCUCCAUAGACUGCCUAAAAAAACCGAACAAGAAAAAAAAUACGGAAGAGGAGAGGCUUCGGUGUUGCUUUGUAAUCUACCCAGACAUUAUGGCGUGGACGCAGGCUGCACGGUUUGAGGACAAACAAAAGCGCGUAAUGCACGCUGGAAGCGCAUUAACAGCUUCGGCUGUGGGCUGUUUAGACAGCAGUUCUGCGGCGACCAGUCAGCCAGCGGCAGGUCACAUGUUGCAGCGUCAUUGUGUAGUAAAGUUACAGUAGUUUCAAAGAGGCUCCUCAUUUCAGCUCCAGAGGUCUCCUCAUCCCCGUUGCUGCUGCAGCUGCCGCCGCUGCCUCUGCUGCGUCUUCGGCAUGCGACGACUUCACUUUCAGACGAUCUCCGCGAACGAGCCGCGCAGCCAUGGGAGUGCGUUACCUCAGUCGUGCAAUUUCCACCAUCAAUAAUUUAAUCUAUUUGCUCCAAAGCUGAAGAGAUAUCCCGAAGCUUCUUCUCUCGUUUUUUUUUUUUUUGCCCUGUCGGGAGAGUUGCAGAGAGGAAAACACCUCUGAAGUAAAUUUACUGAGGGAGUUGUCCAAAACAUCCCAGAUGACACCACAAUCCUGUUGAAUGGUCUGUUUUACGACUGGGCAGUAAAAGUUCCACCAGGUUAGAAGAGUGAUGACCAUCCUGUUCCUUACUAUGGUUAUUUCAUACUUCAGUUGCAUGAGAGCUGCGCCCCUGAGAGACGCCCCGGGCAUGCGGGGCCAUUGGACGGAAGGCUACCUGGGCGCUGCUGCGACGGCCCCCCGAGGCCAUGGGACUCCACAGAGUGGCGGCGGGCCGGGCCAGCGCGAGGAACUCCCCUCGCUCACAGACACGUUCGAGCAGGUGAUAGAGGAGCUGCUGGAAGUGGAGGGUGAGGCGGCGCAGCUGGGACAGGGGGCCGACAAGAGCCAGGGAGGUGGGGGCCCGUCGCCCGUGGCCACCGCAGAGGCCAAUGAUGUCGAUCUGUACAACUCGCGGGUGAUGAUCAGCAACCAAGUGCCUUUGGAGCCGCCGUUGCUCUUUCUCCUGGAGGAAUACAAAAACUAUCUGGAUGCUGCAAACAUGUCCAUGAGGGUGCGGCGGCACUCCGACCCCUCGCGGCGUGGAGAGCUCAGUGUGUGUGACAGUAUUAGCCAGUGGGUGACAGCUGUGGAUAAAAAGACGGCGAUAGACAUGUCUGGGCAGACAGUAACCGUCAUGGAGAAGGUCCCUGUCCCCAAUGGCCAACUGAAGCAAUACUUUUAUGAGACCAAAUGCAACCCCAUGGGGUACACAAAGGACGGCUGCAGAGGAAUAGACAAGCGGCAUUAUACAUCCCAAUGCAGGACAACCCAGUCCUACGUGCGAGCGCUCACCAUGGAUAGCAAAAAGAAGAUUGGCUGGCGGUUUAUAAGGAUAGACACUUCAUGUGUAUGCACAUUGACCAUUAAAAGAGGGAGAUAGUGUAUAAAAUGUAUAGAUUUUAUUGAAGAGUUUAAAAAAGAGAAUAAAGAGAAAAUAUCUAUUUGUAUAUAUACAUAACAGGGUAAAUUAUUCCGUCAAAUGAAAAUUUUAUGGACUGCAUGUAAAAAAAGAUGAAGUUUAUACAGUAAAGUGAUACUACAGUCUAUUUAUUGAACAUAUUCAUGACCUUGUAAACAAUUAAAAAAAAUCUGAUCAGUCA